ACUCAUAAAUGAGUAACAUGGCUUCCUUAAGCUCCCUAGUGUUUCUCCUUGCCGCUCUUACUCUCACCCCUCAAGGACUUGCUGACUAUGGUAAGCCCCCAGUAGAAAACCCACCAGUGUACAAACCCCCAGUUGAGAAACCACCAGUGUACAAGCCCCCAGUUGAGAAGCCACCAGUUUACAAGCCACCUGUUGAGAAGCCACCGGUUUACAAGCCACCUGUUGAGAAGCCACCGGUUUACAAGCCACCUGUUGAGAAGCCACCGGUUUACAAGCCACCUGUGGAGAAGCCACCAGUGUACAAGCCACCUGUUGAGAAGCCAUCAGUUUACAAGCCACCUGUUGAGAAGCCACCAGUUUACAAGCCACCUGUUGAGAAACCACCAGUUUACAAGCCACCAGUUUACAAGCCACCUGUUGAGAAGCCACCAGUUUACAAGCCCCCAGUUGAGAAGCCACCUGUGUAUAAGCCACCAUACGGGAAGCCACCUUACCCAAAGUACCCUCCAACAGAUGACACCCAUUUCUAAACUAUGUUAACAGAGGUAUAUUUAUGCUAAAUAAGAGGUGUAGCUACUACCAUUGCGAGAUGCUCAGAAUGUAGUUUAGUUUUUAUAAUUCUGGCAAGGGUUACUCUUGGCUUCUUUCAUUUCAGCCUUUUGUUUACAAUCAUUGUAUGGCCAAGAUAAGAGGAUCAUCAUAUAAAUGCAUGAAUGUCAAACGGGAAACAGAAAAUGGUGCUUUCUGCAUUGUACUCCAAAUUAUGAAUAAAAGAACUUUA